AUGACUUAUGAGUUUAAUUUUUCUAUCAUAGGAGUCGUACGUGUUAGUGUUGUCGGGAUGUUUGCAUUUUUACACACGAGACAUCUGAUUGAAUCGUUUUAUGACGCACGGAAGACCAUGCCAAAGAAAUUGGUAAAAUGUUUUAAUAAUAAUAAUAUAGGGCCGAACGAUGCAUCUAUUAGAUGUAGGUCGUUGGUAAGCGUGAGUGAGAAAUCUAUCAACGCAAGUGUUCAAGUCAAUUUAGACCCGGCAGCUGUAUCCGGUUGUAUUGACAUUGAACAGUUUCAAAAAGUGAUAGAAAUAAAUCUGCAAUUGGAAAAUAGAUUGACCAAGUUGGAAGAAAUGAUUCGACGCGGUGAUGAAAAACAAAAGAUUCAAGAUCUUCAAGAUAUGAACAACAAGGUAGACACCAAAUUGUCAAAUUACCAACGAUCGUUGAUGGAAAAAAUUGACGAUGAAUUAAAGACCAUCGGCUGUGACGUUAAAAGUAUCAAACACUGUUAUGGAAUGUUAAAUACAAGUUUCCACGAGAUGGAAAACAAAUUGAUUUCAUUAGAAAAUAAUUCAGAGAAGCCGAUGCGCAAAUAUAAUGAUAUUAAGACUAGGAUUGCAGCCCUAGAAAGAGAUGUAAUGAAAAAUUCAUCACAUAUUAUCGGUUUGAACUUUUCACUGCGUUCGUUGGAGUGGACUAGACCACAAUCCUUCGGGUCCCCUGGAAUGUUUCCUCCCGAUAACCGUUGUUACAACGAACAAGCUUCAUUCGCUGCAGCUCCAUCAUAUUAUGAUAUGCCACCAACGGCAAAACCCGGGCCGAGUGGAGCAGUUUUGCCUCCAUCGCCACCUGCACCCCCGUCGACUAGUGUAUUUUGUCAACCACUGCCACCCGCACCCCCGGCGCCGUUGUCUCAGAAUAUUCCGAAAAAAUCGGAUUCAGACAAAUCCAGCUCUUCUUCAACAGCGAAAGGUGAACAAGUGUAUGGGAGGAUCCCAAUAACCACUGAGAUCCUAAAGUCUGUUGUUCUCAAGCCACCUGGCGAGAGGAAGAGAGUGAGCAAACCCUUUUCAGCGAAAGUUGAGAAAGUGUCUGGGAGGACCCCAAUAACCGCGGAGAUGUUAAAGUCUGUUGUUCUCAAGCCACCUGGCGAGAAAAAGAAAGAACCAAACAAAAAGCCUCUGAAUAGUGGAGAUAAGGAAAACAAAAAUGGAAACUGGAAAUCGGAAAUAUCUUUGGGUACAUGGAACGUUCGCACAUUAUACAGCACUGGAGCGGCACAUACAGUGACGCAAGAAAUAGGGAGAUAUAAACUUAAAAUUGUGGCUUUCCAAGAAAUUAGAUGUGUUCAUGCCCCUACUGAGGAAAAGACUCAAGAAGAAAAUGACGACUUCUAUGAUGAAUUAACGAACGUAGUAUAUGGACCUAAUAACAGAAUAGUGGUUAUAUUAGGAGACCUUAAUGCAAAAGUAGGAAAAGAAUUAAUAUUUAAACCAACCAUUAGCCACCAUAGCUUACAUGAAGUAACUAACAAUAAUGGCCUCAGCCUAAUCGACUUUGCAACGAGCAAAGGCUUAGUGAUCAAGAGCACAAUGUUUCCCCAUAAAAAGGUCAAUAAGGGAACAUGGAAGUCACCAGAUGGGAAUCACACAAAUCAAAUUGACCAUGUACUAGUCAAUAACAGGUUCAAAAACAGUAUUACGGAUGUCAAAACGAUGCGAGGAGCGGACUGUGACUCUGACCACUAUUUGGUUAAGGUAAAAAUUAAAGCAAGAGUGAAGAGAAGGGUGGCAACAAGGCCAAUCGUAAUAGACAGAUAUGAUAUUACUAAGUUCACAGAUGAAAUUUUCUGUAAACGUUUUAAAAGUGAGAUACACAAACGCAGCAGUGAAUUAAAUAUAGAUAGUAUAGACUCAAUAAAUAAUAUGUGGAGGAGGGUACAGGAGACAAUAAAAGAAACAUCAGCUGAAGUCCUGGGAAAACUAAAAAAACACUAA